UUAUUUGAGAAUUGUCAAAGCCUGGCCUCCUGUGUGUGAUCCCAACACGCAUGUUAGCGAGGGGGCAACUGAUGGAAGCUGAACCGUAAUCCAAACUUGCGGACGUGGCAUCUUUCACAUCUGUUGUUCCAUAUAUUUCUCUCUCUCUCUCUCUCUCUCUGCUUCCGAUUACAAUUUACGGGCAGAGUCACAGGCACGCCCAGUAGACAGAGACAAACACAGAGGCGUCUAUGGCCUCCAUACUCCACGCCCCUCUUAAACUUAACCUUCUUCACACCCACACCUCUCUCUUCUGCCGCCGGCCCUUAGCCAUCUCCUCUCCUCCCCACUUCCACUCCUCUACUCUUACUCUCAAACUGAAAGGCAGGGGUAAUGCCGCUACAAUUACCUGCAACGCACAGCCUGCACCAGCCGCCGUCAAUUUGGCUCCAGGAACGCCGGUCAGGCCCACCAGCAUCCUCGUAGUGGGUGCUACCGGCACAUUGGGCAGACAGAUCGUCAGGAGAGCGCUGGAUGAGGGAUAUGAUGUCAGGUGCCUCGUCAGACCUCGCCCUGCCCCUGCCGAUUUUCUCCGCGACUGGGGCGCUACCGUCGUCAACGCAGACUUGAGCAAACCUGAGACCAUACCAGCAACAUUGGUUGGCGUACAUACAGUUAUCGACUGCGCCACAGGACGUCCGGAGGAGCCCAUAAAAACUGUAGACUGGGAAGGAAAAGUUGCUCUUAUACAAUGUGCAAAGGCCAUGGGAAUCCAAAAAUUUGUCUUCUUUUCCAUUCACAACUGUGACAAGCAUCCUGAAGUUCCACUAAUGGAGAUCAAGUACUGCACUGAGAAGUUUCUUCGCGAUUCAGGGCUGAACCAUAUAGUUAUCAGACUUUGUGGCUUCAUGCAGGGCCUGAUUGGACAGUAUGCAGUACCCAUAUUGGAAGAGAAAUCUGUCUGGGGGACUGAUGCUCCUACAAGAAUAGCAUACAUGGACACCCAGGAUAUUGCUCGACUAAUGUUUAUAGCUCUGCGCAAUGAGAACAUCAACGGGAAGCUUCUUACGUUCGCGGGACCUCGUGCAUGGACGACCCAAGAGGUGAUAACCUUGUGUGAGAGGCUUGCUGGUCAAGAUGCAAAUGUUACAACUGUUCCUGUCUCAGUUCUGAGAUUUACCCGUCAGCUGACUCGUCUAUUUGAGUGGACCAGUGAUGUUGCUGACAGAUUGGCAUUCUCAGAGGUUCUCACUAGUGAUACAGUUUUCUCUGUCCCAAUGGCUGAGACAUACAAUCUUCUUGGAGUGGAUGCCAAGGAUAUUAGUUCACUAGAGAAAUAUCUGCAGGAUUAUUUCACAAACAUUUUGAAGAAGUUGAAAGACAUCAAAGCCCAAUCCAAACAAACUGACAUUUACUUUUGACAGGGGUACUUGGAUGCAAUAGAUAAAAGUUGUUGCUUUGGUAUAUAAUUUGUAUACAUGUUGGAUAUUGACAUCUUCUUGUAUACCCUCAAGAGUUAAAUGGCAUAAAUAUUUGUGGAGAAUAGUAAGGUGAGGAGCAAUGAUGAAGGGUUGCAAAAUGGCAGGAUCAGUAACUGAGUACAGUAUAAUCAUGAUAUGAAAGAGUUUCUGUUUGAGUAUA